CUUAGAGCUUCUUGCAUAGGCCACUUCCACCCAGCGUGACUUUCAACCAGACGCGCAUAGACACGGUCCGCUUUCUUUCUUUCGUUGUGUGAACUCGUGAGCAAAGAGAGCAGAAUCAUGUCGGAUCAAGAGCAGUGUACCGUUCUGUACAAGAUUCUCACGCCGGCCGAGAGACAGUCUCUGCCCGACGGACAAUGGAAGGGAUCAGAGCUUGACCUCAAAGAUGGUUUCAUUCACCUGAGCACAUCGACGCAGAUCCCUGAGACGCUCAAGCUCUUCUUCAGCGCUGAGUCCGGCGCCGGCAAUGAACUUUAUAUUGCUGCUCUGCCUCGGAAGUUUAUCGACGAGUCUGUGCUUCGCUUCGAACCUGCAGGGAGCGGAUGUGGUCACAUCUACGGAACCGUCGAUGCCGGCAAGGACUUUGUCGACAUCAGGAAGAUUACAAGAAGCGGACCGCAAGGGACCUUCGAGCUCGGAAACCUCACUUUCUAAUAAUCAUAGAGCCUCGUACCCCUCAUUACCGCUUGUAUGCCAUACACCAUCCAUUGACUCCGUCAGACUGAGUGAUCGUUGACAGAAGGCCACUGUCAUCACUGAUGGGCUGCAAGUGGUGGAGGACGGAGGAUCACGUGUGCUUAGUCAGCCAUUGC